AUGUCUGAGUUCAUUCCGUUCUGGGCGCAACCCAGCCACCCUGGUCGUCUUCAGGUCCUGAAAGGCGACGAGCCAUACAAGUCUGCUGCCCGCUCCCUCAUCUCCCUUCCCGCAGGGGCAGUCUUCGCCAAAAUCUCUACCGCAACGUUGGUCGAUCACACCACCUACACAUCCGUUGCCACCGGGAAGGAUUCCCGCAUCGAGCUCAACUCCGACCUCGUGUAUUGCAACCAUUCCUGCAACCCAAGCUUGGUCUUCGACAUAACCCGGUUCGAAGUUCGCGUUUCAGAGGACCGACCUCUAGCAGUUGGCGACGAGUUGACCUUCUUCUAUCCGAGCACGGAAUGGGAGAUGGUCCAGCCCUUCCGAUGCGAGUGCAGCGCUGGUCCCGAUAAAUGCCUCGGUUUUAUUGCAGGAUCUUCCAAGAUCGAACCCUCUGUUCUUGCGAGAUUCUGGCUGAAUGAUCAUAUUCGGCAGCUUGUGGAAGUUCCGUCGGUAGCCGACAAACCUUCGUACUUGGUGGAGGCGCCUGUGGUCGAUGGCACUGGGGCAUGA